CACAGGUGAUCCCCACUUUUGCGGGGCGUCUGAAAUUGGGGCGACUGCGUGCUCUGGGCCGCGGUGGGAGCCGGCGUGUAUCUGUCACACAGAACUCAGGAAAGCAACAAUAGCUGCUCCCAGCCGAGCGCGGCCUUGUGCGGGACCCGCGGGGCGAAUUAACCCGAUUCAUGCGUUUCCUGCGCGGAUCGGAACUCUGCAGUCAUUGGGAUCCCCUAGUCCCCAGUGUGCAAAAUUGUAGUAGCCAUACAGUCCUCGGUCUGCAGACCUUCCUUGGCAGCACUCAGUGCUGCUCAGCUCUGACAGGGACACUAAGAAGUAAAGAAUGGCUGCGGCUUUGCUUCCAGCUCGGGUGACAGAGUUGGUGACGUUCAGGGACGUGGCCGUGCUCUUCAGCCGGGACGAGUGGUCGCAGCUGGACGCCGCCCAGAGACGCUUGUACCGGGAGGUGAUGCUGGAGACCCACAGCCACCUGCUCUCACUGGGGAUUUCAGCGUCAACGCCUAAGGUGAUUUGCCAGUUGCGACAGGGAGAAGAUCCCAGCAUGGCGGAAAGCGAAGACUCCAGGGACACUUGCGGAGAUUUCAAGGUGGAGCCUGGGAAAGAAGCCACAGGACCGGAAGGAAGGUCUGGAGGGCUGCUAAAGAAAGAACCCCUGCAGCCCGGGGGCCCCGUGCUGCCCUUGGGAAGGACCGUGCAUGCAGCAGCGAGCGUGGCGGGGCGGGAGCGAGCGAAGCGCCCGGCCCCACGCCAGCAGGGCCUGCGUGGAGUUGGCAGCCCGGGCGCCGGGGCGAGGCCCUCCUCGCUGGGCGGCGCGGCGCCGGCGUCCCGGCCCAGCGUGCCCACCGAGAGGAUCCCCAGCCUGUACCCGGCUCUCGGAGGACGGGCCCUCCCCCAGGCUCUGGAGCUCACGGGAUGCUUCCAGAUUUCCCCCCGGGGCCGGCCUCACGCGUGCCGGGAGUGCGGGCAGAGCUUCAGCCAGAGCGCGCACCUCCUGGAGCACCAGGGGCGGCUGCACGGCGGCGGCGGCGGCGCGGGGAAGGCGCACGGGUGCGGCGAGUGCGGGAAGGCCUUCAGCCACCGCUCGUCGCUGCUGGCGCACCAGCGGGUGCACACCGGCGAGAAGCCCUACAAGUGCGGCGAGUGCGGCAAGGCCUUCGGCAGCAGCUCCACGCUCAUCAAGCACCUGCGGGUGCACACGGGCGAGAAGCCCUACCGCUGCCGCGAGUGCGGGAAGGCCUUCAGCCAGUGCUCCACGCUCACGGUGCACCGGCGCAUCCACACCGGCGAGAAGCUGUACAAGUGCGGCGAGUGCGGCAAGGCCUUCAACUGCCGGGCCAAGCUGCAGCGCCACCUGCGCACGCACACCGGCGAGAAGCCCUACCGCUGCGCCGAGUGCGGCAAGGGCUACAGCCAGCUGCCCUCGCUGGCCGAGCACCAGCGGCUGCACACGGGCGAGCGGCUGUGCCCGUGCCCGCAGUGCGGCCGCACCUUCACGCGCACCGCCGCGCUGGCCGAGCACCAGCGCCUGCACGCCGGCCAGAAGCCGCACCAGUGCCCCGAGUGCGGGAAGACCUUCAACCAGCACUCGUCCUUCAACGAGCACCGCAAGCUGCACACGGGCGAGAAGCUGUACACGUGCGGCGAGUGCGGGAAGGCCUUCGGCUGCAAGUCCAACCUGUACCGGCACCAGCGCAUCCACACCGGCGAGAAGCCCUACCAGUGCCGGCAGUGCGGCAAGGCCUUCAGCCAGUACUCGUUCCUCACCGAGCACGAGCGCAUCCACACCGGCGAGAAGCUCUACAAGUGCCUGGAGUGCGGCAAGGCCUACAGCUACCGCUCCAACCUGUGCCGGCACAAGAAGGUGCACACCAAGGAGAGGCUGUACAAGUGGAAGGAGUACGGGACCCCCUUCCUGUACGGCGCGGCCCCGACGCCCUAUCACAGGUUCGCUUCCUCCGACGACCCCGCUGUGCUCCCCGGGCCGUGAGCACAGCGCCCUCCUGGGGCUCCAGACA